UUUACUAGCGUGCUAAGCUAACUGAUUUCGUAUGCCACUGGAAGACAUGGGGGCUGUGUUUCACAGCCUUUACUGACAGCGACACAGCUGAGAGUCCACUUACAACAAGAAAUUAAACGGGGAACUCUUUUCUCUUGAAGCAGCCAGGUCAAGCCUGAACAUGGAGUCCAUGCUGAACAAACUAAAAAGCACUGUCACCAAGGUGACAGCAGAUGUCACCAGCGCCGUCAUGGGUAACCCGGUGACACGGGAGUUUGAGGUUGGGCGACAUAUUGCAAGUGGAGGGCCUGGCUUGUGCUGGAGGAUCUAUAAUGGCACCAAGAAGUCCACAAAACAGGAAGUGGCAGUGUUUGUGUUUGAUAAGAAGAUGAUUGACAAGUAUCAGAAAUUUGAUAAGGACCAAAUCAUUGAUUCACUGAAAAAAGGGGUGCAGCAGCUGACCAGACUGCGUCACCCCCGUCUCCUGACUGUACAGCAUCCUCUGGAAGAGUCACGAGACUGCUUAGCAUUCUGCACAGAGCCAGUGUUUGCCAGUCUGUCCAAUGUGCUGGGCCAGUGGGACAACCUGCCCAGCCCGGUGCCCAACGACAUCAAGGAGUAUAAACUCUAUGAUGUGGAGACCAAGUAUGGCUUGUUACAGAUCUCCGAGGGUUUGUCCUUUCUACACAGUGGGGUGAAAAUGGUCCAUGGAAACCUGUGUCUAGAAAACAUCAUCCUCAACAAGAGCGGAGCGUGGAAGAUCAUGGGCUUUGACUUCAGCAUCUCCUCCAACAACCCCUCAGAUGCAGAGCCCAAGUACACAUGUAAAGAGUGGGAGCCCAACCUCCCGCCACUCUGCCUCCCAAACCCUGAGUACCUGGCACCUGAGUACAUACUAUCCGUCAGCUGUGACUCUGCCUCCGACAUGUACUCUCUGGGUGUGGUCAUGCAUGCUGUCUUCAACGAGGGCAAGCCUGUUUUCCAAGUCAACAAGCACGAUAUUUUUAAGAGCUUCAGCAGGCAGCUGGACCAGCUGAGCAGCAUGAGUCCAGCAGUGCUGAACAAGAUCCCCGAGGAGGUGCGGGAGCACGUCAAAAUGCUGCUCAGUGUCACUCCCAAUGUCCGGCCUGACGCCGACCAGAUGACUAAGAUUCCAUUUUUUGAUGAUGUUGGUGCAGUGACCCUACAGUACUUUGACUCCCUCUUCCAGAGGGACAACCUACAGAAAUCCCAGUUCUACAAAGGCCUCCCUAAAGUACUGCCCAAAUUACCAAAGAGAGUGGUGGUGUACCGAAUCUUGCCUGCGUUGACCUCUGAGUUUGUCAACCCAGACAUGGUUCCCUUUGUGCUGCCCAAUGUGCUGCUGAUUGCUGAGGAGUGCACCAAGGAGGAGUAUGUUCGCCUCAUCCUGCCUGACCUCACACCUGUUUUCAAGCAGCAGGAGCCUGUUCAGAUCCUGCUGAUAUUCCUGCAAAAGAUGGACCUGCUGCUGACCAAAACACCAGCGGAGGACAUUAAGAACAGUGUGCUGCCCAUGGUUUACAGAGCUCUGGAAGCACCUUCAGUACAGAUCCAGGAGCUGUGCCUGAAUAUCAUCCCAACGUUUGCCAACCUGAUUGACUACCCAUCCAUGAAGAACUCCCUCAUCCCUCGAAUUAAAUCAGCCUGCCUACAGACCUCUUCACUUGCUGUGCGAGUGAACUCUCUGGUGUGUCUGGGGAAGAUUUUGGAAUAUCUUGACAAGUGGUUUGUCAUUGAUGAGAUCCUGCCCUUCCUGCAACAGAUCCCCUCGAGAGAACCAGCAGUCCUCAUGGGCAUUUUAGGAAUCUAUAAGUGUACCUUCAGCCACAAGAAGCUGGGCAUCCCCAAAGAGCACCUUGCCUCCAAGAGCUUACCCCACCUCGUCUCUCUGAGUAUAGACAACAACCUCAAUCUGAACCAGUUUAACUCCUUCAUGGUGGUUAUCCGUGACAUGCUGAGCCGCAUGGAGGCCGAACACAAGACCAAGCUGGAGCAGCUGCACGUGAUGCAAGAACAGCAGAGGAGUAUAAACAUAUCAAAUCCAGGGAGCCAAUCAGAGGAGAUCAAGAGCCCGUCUAGUUCUGGCAACCAGAUUGACGACAUCUUUGGCAGCACAGGGGUUAAUGGGAAAGAAAAUGGAUCUGCAGCAUCAACCUCACAGCCUAAUAGGAUGUCUCUCACUCUGGAGGAGAAACAGCGAUUGGCUAAGGAGCAGGAGCAGGCAGUCAAACUGAGGAACCAGCAGCCUUUAGCACCACAGACGAUCAAACCAGCCACCAGCGCCAACGCACAGACUAAGGACCUGACAAGCAGUCUACUCAGCAACAUGACAUCUCUAUCCAGCAUGCCCUUGGCCAACACACCACGACCAGCCCCGGUUCAGGGCACCACCAUGCCCGCCUUCCCCUCCUCCAGCCCAAUGGUCGGCUCCAUGGGGGCCCCAGUCUCUAAUGGCUUCAACACACCCAUGGGCUUCCAGGCAGGAGGCAUGGGGAUGGGCAUGCGGCCCACAGGUCCAGGCCUUUAUGGUGGGAUGGCCACCACCACCAGCACCCCUAACUUUGGAGCUCUCACGCAGAAUCAAGGACCACCUGGGAGUAAAGCUCCCGACAUGUCAGCCUUGGACAAUCUUUUUACUCCCAACAAACCCAAAGUCACCCUCAACCAAAUGGGUCCCAAGCCGCCACCUGGAGCCAACAGCCCCUGGCUCAGUCAGUAUGGUUCAGCCCAGAACCCUCAGACUCAGAUGCAGGGUGUGCCAGUAGGUAUGGGAGGGGUGCCCAGUGGGUUUGGGAUGCAAGCAAACCCAUUCUUCAGCCCGCAGAACUUUUCUCAACCAGCUGCUGCCCCUAGCAUGAACCCAAGUGGGGUUAAACAUAGUGCAUCUGUCAACAAUGAUCUGAAAGACUUAUUUGGCUAAACGGGACUUGAACAAAAAGAAGCCAGGUUAUUCUUUAAAUGACCGUGGACAGAAGAGUCUUGAAUUCUCACACAAGACACCAAGCGAAUGUGAAGAUUUUAAGUCCUUUCAGAGGUCUUGCUGUUUGUAUUUUUAAUCUGACCUGGUUUAAAUUCUGACUCUUACUCACAUUCUGCUGGCAAAUUAACCUGCACCUGAAUUCCAUUUCUACUUGACCAGAAGGACAAAAGGUUGGGGUGGGAACUGCUUCUUCUUCUACGCUGUGGUCUUUAAAUGCUGGGGGUUUCCUACUGUUUUGUACUUGACAUUCUUGGGAGUCCAAAUGUCAUGGGUUGCGAUGAAUUCCAACUCAGUUUAUUCAGGAAGGUUUUCUGUUCAUAUCAUGAGUGACUGAGUGGAUGCAGUGUAUUUCACUUCCUGAACAAGUUGCAUCAGAAUCAUCACCGAAAAAUGACAAAAAAAAGCGCUUCACAUCUGCUCAGCUUCAGGCUUCUGCACCUUCAUUGCUUUCCGACACUAUUUUAGGAUUUGCAGCAUGUCUAAAGUGAUCAGAGGGUUGGCUUAGAAACAAAUAAAACAUCCACCAAAAUGUCUGAGUCCAGUGGGAGGUAGCUUGAAGUGAAGCUCUGACAAGCCUGCAGUCACUGAUCUGCAUCCAGGAGGCUCCUCUGAAAGGGGCUGUAGAAAAUUGUCAGCCCAUCGGGGCAAACCAAGUAGCCCCUCUGCAGUCCAUCUCCAUGGUAACCAUUUCUCUGCAGCAUGGCUAACCUCAAUUUUGUGAACACAAAUUGGGCUUUGAGCUUCAUUUUACCCCUUUGGUCUCCCUCUUUGAUCAUGUGGCAAAGCUUGCUUUUUUUUUUCCUUCCAAGCUUUUAAUUUGACAUCUAAGCAAGCUUGUUAAAAAGGAAGACGUUAGUUUUGUCUCGUCAGAGUUUGUCGACCAUUUCACCUCCUUUGCUAACAAACGACGUAUCAGUUUCUGUAAAUGCAGUAUGAAUGACUUUGUCUGUGUCAGCUGAUAGCGGAGUAUGAUGUGUGGAGUAGCUAACCACAGCAGUGCCCUUUUAACGAGAUGCUAAUGCUAAAGGCAAGGAGCAUAUGCACUGCUUUUGCUUUUGUGCCUUACAAGGGUACAUGUGGAAAACUAGGCAGCACUAAUCUGUUUCUCAAGUAUUAAUAUUUUCCCCCUUAAUGAGCUGUCUGGCUUUAGUUUCCUUGAUGACUUUGCUUUGUCGCAUGUUACUGACCUCGACCACAAAAGAUCUGAAGUUUGAUUAGCAUCUUUUCUUACGAUGAUUCCUAAUUAUUCUAGUGACCAAUGACGUUUUACUUCACACAUCUUCUCUCAUGAGAUAUUUAAGGGUCUCAGAAUCCUCCGGUUCAGUUCAUUCAAUGAAGAUUAUUACUAUAUAUUUCAGCACUUUGCAGCUGUCAGAGGACCUGUGCUGGUGACAUAAUAUGAAGUGUAAAUAUAUAGUUAUUUAAAAGCGGAUCGCUCUGUGAGGGCCUUGGCAUUUUUAUGUUCUCGUGAUGAUGGGUAAGAGGCCUUAGAUGAGUCGUGUGCAAUAAUCCUUUUUUGGUUGUUGAGGGUGCAUAUUGAUUGACUCAAACAGCUUUCGAUGUGCCCUUAACUAAAACUCUUUUCACCGAUGAUAACUUCACAGGUCUGUCAGAUUUUCUAAACAUUCACGUGUGCUCAUUCUAAAUCUUACAUUUCUGAAGAGUAUCACACCAUUUUAGGGUUUUUAGAUGCACCUUGGUCACACUGUGUUUCUGCUUAAGAUGAUUGUUGCUGAAUCGUAAUGUCUUUUAUCGCAUUACUUUUUGUUUUUGUACAAAAAAAAAAAGCCACCAACACAAGGUGCGCUUUCUGUCCGGCCACAUGGCAGUGUUACUCACUCAUCCGUGUGACUCAUCGGGUUCAUUUCCCCAUUUUUUUUUUUUACAUACAAGACUACAGAUGUGUCAGUGAGUGGAUGUUUUUCCAUCUGUGGACCGACAUGUUUUAAAUUCAUCACAAACUGGAUGUGUUCUUUGGAGUGUGUGUCACAUAUUCUGGCAGAACCCCAAAGCAGAAAACUAAAGCUUAUUCUUCUACAAGAUCAUUUGUAUACUACUGCUGUCAUGUAUGUGUAGUGUGGGCUUUGUUUUAUGUGUCAAGGUGCUGGUCUCUGAGGUGGUUCAAUGAAAAUCUGUACAUAUAAAGGAAAGUACACAAUCUAAUAUUCUCAAA